GGUGGAAAAAAAAAAAAAAGGAAGAAAGAUGCGAGCUAGCUAGCACUGCCGUGUUGCUUUAGCCCCAAAUCCCAUCAGCCUCUUUCUCUGUACGGGACACAGUUUGAAUUUUGAUUUGUGGCUGAUUUCAUCUCCAAUUGUUGUUUCAAAUAUCCAAGAUCCAGAUAGCAACGCCAAAAUUGGUGGAUUGGAUGAUGGAUUUCAUGUCUGGUAGAGGUCGGGGGUUUUCUGAGGAUGAGCACACGGCUACUGCCAGAGGUUUUUCCAGUAAUUGGGUGUUCGAGGGUCAGGAGGGUCCGGAUACAAAGCUUGAGCUGAUGGAGUCGUCCCCAGGCAAUGAAAUGGUGGAGGAUGGGAGAAGAGGAGAGAAGUCGUCAUCGGCGGACGCUAGAGAGGGAGGGGGAGUGAGCUGCUGCAUAGAGAGGGAGCAUAUGUUCGAUAAAGUGGUGACGCCCAGCGAUGUGGGGAAACUGAACCGGCUGGUAAUUCCAAAGCAGCACGCCGAGAAGUAUUUCCCCCUGGAUUCGUCCAACAACGAGAAGGGUCUGCUGCUCAACUUCGAGGACAGGAAUGGCAAGCCCUGGAGAUUCAGAUACUCCUACUGGAACAGCAGCCAGAGCUACGUCAUGACCAAAGGUUGGAGCCGCUUUGUCAAGGAGAAGAAGCUCGACGCCGGCGACAUCGUCUCUUUCCAGCGAGGCCUCGGAGAUUUGGGCAAAGACCGUCUCUACAUUGAUUGGAGGCGCCGCCCUGAUGCGGCUGCGGCGGCCGACCCCUCCUCCAUCCACCACCGCCACCUCCCUAAUCCUCGCUUGUCGUUCCAUCACUACCGAGGGUCGUCUAUGCCCUGGAGUCCUUUGCUAAUGCGGCCACCAGGAGCGACACCUCCAUCUGUGUCAUCCGUAAUGCCCCAGCUGCAUCAGCGGGACCACUUGCACUUGCCACCCCACCUACACCUAAAUUAUGGUCAUCAAUAUCCAUAUCGGAAUUCAACUACUUAUGGUUUCGGAAAUGUGGUGAACCCUCCGGUUUAUAAUUAUAAUUAUUACCAGCUGAGAUCGGCAUCUAUGGCGUCCGCAUCGGCAUCUGCAGCCACACAAGAUGACGACGAUGAUGAAGAUCAUCAUCAUCAUCAGAUGCAGCAGCAAGCUGUUCAACUCCAACAGCCUCACCACAUGCCGCCAGUGGUCUUCAACUCGGUACCUGUGGUCCACGGCAAGGCUGCCGCCAAGAGACUGAGGCUAUUUGGCGUGAACAUGGAGUGUCCAACAUUGGAGACGACGCCGUCUACUGGGGAUGAGCAUGAGCAGUGCGGUGUCGUAUUGUCCCCAACCACACUGGCUGCAGCAACCCCUCAGCAGGCGCUAGUUUCUUCUACUCCAUCGUCCAUGUCGCAAUCAGCAGCAGCUGCUCCGCAUCACCAAUUGAGGCUCUACCACGGCACCCCACUGCCAGGCAUGCCCACCAUCGACUUUUUCAACAAAGGGAAGGCUUCCAUGUCCUUUGAUUUUGAUAUCUGAAUGAUUGUGAGAACAUAUAAAUAUAUUCCAAAGGAGACCUUAAUAUCCUCAGACAGACAUACCGCCCACCGCCCGACAAAUUAGUUGACGGAUUCCACUUCCAUUUGAGAGCUGGCUAAUCAUCCUCAUCCUUAAUUCUAUACAUCAAUAAGAACCAAGGAAUUAUAGCUAGCUAGUAGGAUUUCGGUCCAUCUCCGUUGAUCAGCACAGAGAAGGGGUACAAGGUUUGGGGUUCUUUAUUUUUCUUUGAAGAAUUAGCUUAGAGAAAUGCCACCAUAUAUCGAUCCAACUGUGUCUAGCUUUCUUUCUUACUUAGUUUUAACUCUACUGUGUACAAAUGUUUCUCUCAAUACAAUUGAUAUAGAUAGAUAGAGAAGUAAACAAGUAUAUUGGAUCGGUGAAGAAGAUAAGGUUUCAUGUUCUCUUUUCUGUAUCAAAGCCGCCCCGCAGCUUAACUCUCUCUCUCUAUUUUUCCAACAACUUUCUUUCUUUAUAUAUAUUCAUAGUAUUCUCUUUGAUC